GCAUCAUUUCCUGUGACGUCACGAGAAGUGAACGCUUGCAAAGUCUCGGAUGUUUUGGGUAGUUUCGGAUUACAGCCUCUAAUCUGUCCAUAAUCGGAAUCAUCGAGGAAUUUCGGGUGGUGCUCAUCAUUCCUUGAUCAUUUGACUUUCUUCUUCGAUCCAGUAGACUUGCAAAUUUUUGACAAGAUGGUGAUCAAGGUCUACGUCACGAACAUUUGCAGCAGUAUGCGGCUUAAGAAAGAGAUGCUGCACGUGACGGACAUUCUCUCCAGCAUGAAUAUACCCAUGGAGACAAUUGACAUCUCCGAUCCCUCCAAAGAGGAAGACAAGAAGUUUAUGAGGGCAAAUGCAGAACCAAAGGAAGGAAUGAAGAACCCCUUGCCACCACAGAUCUUCAGUGAUGAUGAGUACUGUGGGGGCUAUGAUCGCUUUUAUGAUGCUGUGGAAUCAAACGGCAUAUACGUUUUUCUGAAGAUGGCUGACAAAAUUGAAGUAUCACAAGCACAGAUAGAGGAAGAAGAAGGAGAAAAAUUGGAUAAGGGAGGCGAUGAGGAAGAAAGCACAGAGAAGGAGGGUGGGGAGAAAGAAGAAGAGAAACAGAACGAGGCAAAUAAAGAGGGAGGUGACCAAAGGGAAAAGGUUGAACAAGAUGGAACAGAAGAGGAGAAAACAAGCCAGGUAGAGGAAGAACACAACCAGGUGGAGAAGGGAGAAGAAGAGGAAGAAGGAAAUGAUCAGGUUGGAGAAGAGGAGGAGAAAAAAGAUGAGGUUGCAGAAGAGGAAGAGAAAAAAGAAAAGGGUGAAGAAGAGGAAGUAGAGAAAAAGGAUCAGGAGAAGGAUGAAGACAAGGAGAAGGGAGAAAAGGAUGCUGAGGAGGACAAGGAAGACAAGCCUGAUGGAGAGAAGAAAGAAGAAACAAAGGAAGAAGAAAAGAAACCUAAGAAAUUUCGUAGACCAUUUGAUGACAGUGAUGAAGAGGAAACUCCAGCAGAAGAAAAGAAGGAGGAAGAGAAGGAGGAAGAGAAGGAGGAACCUAAAAAGCUGAAGAAAUUCCGCAGGCCGUUUGAUGACAGUGAUGAAGAAGAAACUCCAGCAGAGGAAGAAAAGAAGGAAGAGGAAAAGAAAGAGGAAGAGAAGGAGGAACCUAAAAAGCUGAAGAAAUUCCGCAGGCCGUUUGAUGACAGUGAUGAAGAAGAAACUCCAGCAGAGGAAGAAAAGAAGGAAGAGGAAAAGAAGGAGGAAGAAAAGAGAGAGGAGGAGGAGCCCAAGAAACCAAAGAAAUUCCGUAGGCCGUUUGAUGACAGUGAUGAUGAAGAAACUCCAGCAGAGGAAGAAAAGAAGGAAGAGGAAAAGAAAGAGGAAGAGAAGGAGGAACCUAAAAAGCUGAAGAAAUUCCGCAGGCCGUUUGAUGACAGUGAUGAAGAAGAAACUCCAGCAGAGGAAGAAAAGAAGGAGGAAGAAAAGAAAGAGGAGGAGGAGCCCAAGAAACCAAAGAAAUUCCGUAGGCCGUUUGAUGACAGUGAUGAAGAAGAAACUCCAGCAGAGGAAGAAAAGAAGGAAGAGGAAAAGAAAGAAGAAGAAAAGAAAGAAGAAGAAAAGAAAGAAGAAGAAAAGAAAGAAGAGGAGGAGCCCAAGAAACCCAAGAGAUUCCGUAGGCCAUUUGAUGACAGUGAUGAAGAAGAAACCCCAGCAGAGGAAGAAAAGAAGGAAGAAGAAAAGAAGGAAGAGGAAAAAAUAGAAGAAAAGAAAGAAGAGGAGGAGCCCAAGAAACCCAAGAGAUUCCGUAGGCCAUUUGAUGACAGUGAUGAAGAAACUCCAGCAGAAGAAGAUAAGAAGGAGGAAGAAAAGAAAGAGGAGCCACCUAAAGUAGAGGAGAAAGAGGAACCUCCAAAAGAAGAAAAGAAAGAGGAACCUCCAAAAGAAGAAAAGAAAGAGGAGUCAAAGGAAGAAGAUGAAGUAAAGAAACCUAAAAGGUUCAGGCGACCAUUUGAUGAUAGUGACGAAGAAGAAAAACCUGAAGAAAAGAAAGAGGAGCCUGUUAAGGAACCAGAAGAGGAAAAGAAUGAGGAAGAGCCUGCAAAGGAACCGGAAGAGGAAGAAGUGAAGAAGCCACGAGGGUUUAGGAGAGCUUAUGAGGAUGAUGAAGAUGAGACACCAAAAGUUGAGGAGAAGGAAGAACCAAAAAAAGAAGAACCAGUGGAGGAGAAAAAGGAGGAAGCUGAACCUGUUGAAGAUGACCGUGAAGCCAGACGUCGGAAGAGGCGAGAGGAGAGAGCCAAGCAGGAUGCUGCUGAAGCAGAGCCUGCGGAAGAUGACCUGGAAGCUAGGCGGAGAAAGCGCCGAGAGGAGAGAGAGAAGGAGACUGAGACUGAUGAGAGUCAAGAGGACGACCGUGCAGCCAGGAGGAGGAGGAGAAGGCAGAUGAUGGGACUGGAGGACUAGGGUGCCUCAAGUUCUUAAGCCAGCAAGGACUGUGGAGUCAACAUUUCAUGCUGUCUGUAGACGUGGCUCUGAUAACUCCGGUAGCCGUCAUCACAUUGCACAAACUCAUGUGACCUUCACCUAUGACACUGUGAUGCCAACAAACAACUCAUGAUUGCAUGACAAGAUAUUUGUGACGUCGGAUUGUUUAUAUUGAUAUAUAAGUACUUGAGCAGGAUUAUCAUAAUUGGAAUUGACUAACUCUGCUUGUGGACCUGGUGAGUGUAGAACUGUUCAUUCUUGAAAACAUGCUCAGCAUCCAGACAAGUUGCAAAAACAAACAUUAAUUUGACAACAGUAUAGCAACCUUUACAACUCAACUCAUGAUGAAAAGGCAAAAAAUGAGUGUUUUCCUUCUUGGAAAAAGUGUGAGCUGACAUUCAACAAUGUACAGGCCUCAUCCCAGUUCUAGUGUAAGGCUUGUUGCUUGGCCAUGGUUUGUACUGUGAUUGCUAUUGGUCCUGUGUGUGAACUACAGCAGCUUGGGACUCUGCAAGCUGCUCAUUCCAGGCGUAAGUGUGUCCAACUAUUUUACACAUGCUAUGCAUUUGUGCAGACCUUAGAAAAAACCAAAUGGCAAAUACUUGACACAGAAAUUCACUUGAAUCUGCAUGCAAUGUGUUAAGGAGCAUUAUUGUCUAACAUUUGAAUAGAAAUAUCUUUCAAAUGUUAAGAACUAUUUUCAAAAGUAUUAUUAGUAUUUUGAUAUCAUCACCCAGCACUGAAGACACCAUUAUUUGAAAGACACAAAGUAUUUCUAUGUGAAUCACCUGUACAGGAAAUACUCAUUAUUACAUACAAAUUCUAACUAAAAUCUAAAAAAGUAGAUAAAUAUUGAAACAGCACACUUAACUAUAACUAUAUUGGGAAACCUGAACAAUAGACUGACUUAAGUCUGGUGAAAGCACUAGCAAUGAGAACACUUCAACAACACAGUAGUCACAUGUUGUUUAUUCCUCUAGAGCAUUAUCAUCAUCAGAAGGAGCAAUAUUCAAACAUUCAGGUCACACAGAUUGUAUGUUUGCCUUGUGCAGAAAUGUAAGGUGGAUUUGUUUCUAUUCUUUAUGCUAUUUUGAUGAUGUGUGUCUUUAUACUGCUGAGAUUAUCAACAAGGAUCCCCACCUAUUGUGCAUUGUUUGUCAGGAAAUGGGCAGUACUACAGCAAGAUGGGAUUUUCUGUUAAGGGACCAACCAUUUGAUAUCCGGGGGAUUUUGUUUUACAAAUAAUUUGCUCCAGAAAAUUAUCAAAAACGUUAUUUGUUUGUUCGACAUGCUGGAGGUCCUGAAAAAUAUGUGUUUUGGAAAUUUCAUUUGAAGCAGUCAUUGAAAUAUUGAAAUUUACUGUCUGUAACCAAUGCUAACAGAAAUUCUCCUCCUCCCCCUCGAAUAUGAAAUGGUUUGAUCCCAAUUGUUUGCUGGUAUGAAAUAUAUGAAAGUUACAACCCGACACAGUGUUGUUGAAAACCAUACUGGAUACUCAUGGUGGUAUGAUAUUUAUAUUUUAGUGUAAUAUGUGAAAUGGAUGUUUUUGUUUGUCCACUGUUACCAUGGUUCCUGUUGCCAUGAUGCAAUUCUCUACGCAAGGUCUCUUGUUUUAGCAAUACUAGCAAUCUACUACCACAGGCUGUUCAACACUACACAAGCAUUGCUCCUUGAAUGUCUAUUUUUGUAUCUGAAUAUCCAUCUAGAUUGCAUUUGCAGUGCAAUCAUUCUUUCUUUUCUGCACAGCACCUUCUUUGAUGUAUUACCCCAACAAGAAUAAUGGUCUCAACAAGUGCUUGUUUCUGUAAUUGAUCUUAUCUUGAUAUAGUUUCAACCAUCAACUGUUGCCUUCAUGGGUAACCACAGUAACCAUGGCCAACUUCAGAUGUCAUCACUUUUGGUGAAAGAUGAUUUAUCCUGAUCAUUUGUCCAGGUUGUCCAUUCUGUGAUAUAACUGAAAUACUGGUAUAAGCGGAGUUAAAACAAACUCACUCACUUUUGUGAAAGGUUAGCAUGUCUCCAUAGGUCUCCAGCAACCUAUGCUGGUUGUAAGAGAUGAUUUAGGUCAGGCUCGGUGACCUGGUUCAUUGUGUGCCACCGUACCCCGAUAGCAUGGAUAAUUGCUCAUAAUACCAAUCACGAGAUUGUCUGGUUCAGACACAAUUAUUUACUGGUCACCAUCAUACAGCUGGAAUAUUGCUAAGUGUGGCAUUUAAGGUAAACAAGAUAUAAACUAGACAUGAUUAUGGCUAGUAUGAGUCCAUUAUUCUGAAGGGGAAGCUGCUGUGGUAUUGUGUAGUGCUGUAGUGCACUGUAGUUCCUGCCGCUGCUGUUGUUGCAGCACUAGUAUUGAGCCCACUCACUUGUUGAUGUUGCCAUAUAAACUAGUUUAUGUUUGCUAUGUGAUGUUAUACUAGAGAACAUAAAACUAGUUAAUGUAACACUAGUCAAUGUUAUACUAGUUCCUGUUAUGCCAGUUUUACUUGCACUAUUUGUUUUGUUUGUCUGUCUGUCACCACAGAGUUUAAUAUAUAUUAUCAUUGUCCUGCCAUGAACUACAACCACACUUAAUCAUGAGUAUUGGAAACCCAAGUUUCAGCAAGAUUAUGUCGUGCGGUGACAUGUAAGAAAUCAAUACUGUAAGUGAAGUUUAGGCCUAUGUAUGCAAUUAAAAUUGGAAUAUUUACAAGUAAAUAUGUUUGUACUGAUAUGUUCAGUAUUGUUGAUGGGCAUAUUCAUAUGGUUGUGCUCAAUAUUUAUGAUUAGUGAUAAGAAGUAAUAUGAAUUAUUUUGAAACUAAUUUAUUAAGCCUUAUGACAUUUGAUCCAAGUAAUGGGAUGCUUAUUUUAGACUGCUUUUGUGUAGAUUGUACUGAUGCAAUGUUAUUUUUACCUUGUCAGCAAUGUUUUACUUUUAGUUUUAGUCCCCAAUGAAGCCAGUAACAAUGUCUAGUGUUAACAUUUGAGUAUGCAUGAAAUGCAGUGGAUGUUUUCUACAGUCUGAUGGUCUUGUGAUGGAUACAGUACACUAUUCUCAAUCUAGUUGAAAAUAUCACAGCAUCAAGAUGCUCAUUUAUAGAAACAGAAGCACUAGCCCAAGCCAGUUUCACCAAUGUUAAAGGUAUCUGAAGGACAUGAAUUUUGAACACUUUAGAUGUGAUUAUAUAUAUCACUAUUGGGGCUAGUAAGCUUAUAAGUGCAAUAACCUUAACGUUAAAAAAUAUCUCAUCUCGCUUCACAGGUUAAAUUCUAUUUCUAGGUUGUAGGAUUAUGUUUGAUUUUUUAAUUUUAUUUCCCUCUCCUCUUACCCACUUUUGUUUGAUGCAGGAUGACUUGAAUUUGAAUUUAAAAUGAACUUCAUGUUUGUGGUAAAAUACAUCUUUGUCAAGAUAUUCUAAAAUGUGUUAUAGACAAUUUAAGACCUUACUUUGAAUAUGCCUCACAACCAUGAGGUAAUGUCUGAAGCAAGAACCACAUAUCAAGAAGUCUUUGUGAUCGUGUGUAGCAGCUGUAGGGUGUGGCUGUCAUCCCAGCAUGCUUUGCAAUCUCAUUAAAAUAAGAUCGUUUACUCCAUUAUGAGCGACUGUGCUUGUCGUAAGAGGCGACUAACAGGAUCGGGUGGUCAAGCUUGCUGACUUGUUUGAUGCAUGCCAUCGAUCCUAAAUGUGUGGGUUGCAGGACAACUUCACUGUCAAGUUAAAAACAGUAAUCAGUGCUAAGGUUUUUUGUCAAAUUUUCUACAGCCUGGCAGGUAGGAUUACUGAUAAAUUUACCUAUUUCCGACAGAAAUGUUGUAAGCCACAGGAUAGCCAGCAGGCAGUUGUUUUGGACACUGGUUCCAAAUGUAAAAUAUAAUGUAGAAUACAUUAUGUUGGAGAUUUUAUGCACCCUUUUAUUUCUAAGUGUAUGGUGGUAACAUUUCGGAGUAAAAGAUCUGAUCUUAACGAGAUUGGAAUGCUUUACAACUUUAUCAGUGUGUGUGCGAGUGUAUCUGAUUUUGUGGUGCUAGCCGUAUUGGUCAGUCUCCACCUCUUGACUCUCACAUCUCAACAUCACAGCAGGCAACAAAGAUUAUCAGUUGACCUUAAAGGACAAAAGUUCUUUUGUAUACUGUAGCUGCCAUUCAAAGUUACAGAUAUGAUUUGAAGUUUUGUCACAUGAAUAUAAUCUGAAUAUGAAUUUGGUUCUGGAGUAAACUAAGUUGAAGACAUUCAUGGUAUAUGACAUUUUCCACCAGUUCAAGGUACAGGUGUAUUGUUUGGUGUGUAGGCUUAGAGAUCUUCAUCAGUGUGGAGAAGGUGUGACCUGUUUUACACGAAGCUGUUAAUAUUCUUACUUACUGUGUAAAUUAUUACUAUUCCAUUAAACCUUUUAUGCCAUGA